AGCCGCCGCCGCCGCCGCCGCCGCAGCCAGCAUGGCAGAAGCUGAAGAUGAUUGUCGCUCUGAUUCCAAAAGAGCUGAAGAUGAUGAAAAUACAAGUCCUGAAGAAGCUAACCUGCAGGCACAGCUCCAGAUGUUCCGAGCUCAGUGGAUGUUUGAACUUGCUCCUGGUGUAGGUUCCAGUGGUUUGGAAACUCGAUCAUCCAGGGGAUCAACAAGAGGGCCUUUAGUGAAGGCCGCAGAUACCAAAGGAAAGCAAGACCAGGCAAAAGAGGAAAAGGCUAGAGAACUGUUCCUGAAAGCAGUGGAAGAAGAGCAGAAUGGAGCUCUCUACGAAGCCAUCAAGUUUUAUCGUAGGGCUAUGCAGCUUGUACCUGAUAUAGAGUUCAAGAUUACUUACACCCGGUCUCCAGAUGGUGAUGGUGUUGGAAAUAACUAUAUGGAGGAUAAUGAUGAUGAUAGCAAAAUGGCUGAUUUAUUGUCCUACUUCCAGCAGCAACUCACUUUUCAGGAACCCAUGCUCAAACUUUGUCAGCCUGAGCUUGACACCAGUCAAACUCACAUUUCAGUUUUGCCAAUGGAAGUCCUAAUGUAUAUUUUCCGAUGGGUGGUUUCUAGUGAUUUGGAUCUUCGAUCAUUAGAACAGUUGUCUCUGGUGUGCAGAGGAUUCUAUAUUUGUGCCAGGGACCCUGAAAUCUGGCGUUUAGCCUGCUUGAAAGUUUGGGGCAGAAGUUGUAUUAAACUUGUUCCUUACACCUCCUGGAGAGAGAUGUUUUUAGAACGGCCCCGUGUUCGGUUUGAUGGAGUUUAUAUCAGCAAAACAACAUAUAUUCGUCAAGGCGAACAAUCACUUGAUGGUUUCUAUCGGGCCUGGCACCAAGUGGAAUAUUACAGAUAUAUGAGAUUCUUUCCCGAUGGCCAAGUCAUGGUGCUGACGACUCCCGAGGAGCCACAGUCCAUUGUUCCUCGUUUAAGAACUAAGAAUAGCAGAACUGAUGCAAUCCUACUUGGUCAUUAUCGCUUGUCCCAGGACACAGACAAUCAAACCAAAGUAUUUGCUGUGAUAACUAAGAAAAAAGAAGAAAAACCAAUUGACUACAAAUAUAGGUAUUUUCGUCGAGUCCCUGUGCAAGAAACAGAUCAAAGUUUUCAUGUUGGUCUCCAACUUUGUUCCAGUGGCUAUCAGAGAUUCAACAAGCUUGUGUGGAUACAUCAUUCCUGCCACAUUACAUACAACAUUUCAUGAAGACCAUCUACUAAGGCAUGCGAGGGGUGGUGAUCUUCAACCAGGGAAGGAGUACCCCACACCAGUGAAACUACGGAUCUUUUGAAGUAUGUACCCAUUACUGUGC